AUGGCCGCCCUCGCCAACGUCGCCACCCCCCUCACCGCGGUCCGCGGUUCCUCCUUCGCCGGCGCGCGCGUCAGGUCCAAGGCGCCCGCGGCCGCCCCGACGCGCCGCGUCGUGACCACUCGCGCGGCUGCGGGCGAGACCCUCAUCUCGGUCGACAAGCCCCUCGGCGUCAACCUCAAGGCGUCCAACAAGGGCAUCUCCGGCGGCGUCGAGAUCGCCUCCGCGCGCGGUAACGCCGCCAAGGCGGGUCUCAAGGCUGGCGACUACGUCGUCUACACCUCCUCCUUCUUCGGCGACGAGCUGUGGCCCGCCGACCAGCUCGGAUUCGUCCGAUCGGCGAUCCAAGCCUGCCCCAACCAGGUCGAUUUCGUCGUCGUGAGGGAUGCCAAGCAGGCGGCCACCAUCGACGUCAAGCGCCUUCCCAAGCGCCCCGCUCCCCCUCGCUUCGGCAAGAAGCUCUCCGCCGCGCAGAAGGAGCGCGCCACGCACAUCUGCGUCGACUGCGGCUACGUGUACACCCUUCCCACCCCGUUCAAGGAGCAGGGUAAGGAUUACAAGUGCCCCCAGUGCAACGCGCCCCGGUCGCGAUUCGCAAACUACGACCCGGAGACGGGCAAGGCGUCCGGCGGCGCCGCGUCCAACGCGCCGCUCAUCACCACCGCCGCCACCGUGCUCGGACUCGCCGGCAUGGGAUACUACCUCGCCCAGCUCCUCUAAUAA